GCGCACGAGCGACUCCCGGCUCUUGUCCACCGGGCCUAAUUGCUCCUCUCCCAACCCAACCAAUAUCUCGUUGCGACAGGCAUUGCGGGAUCUGUGAGUUAUGUCAAAGACCGCGUUACAGCACGUGCUCACCGUUUAUUUAAUUGUCUUGAGACAAGCGUUCAGAGGUUCCCCCACUCCCUUUCGCAGUCGUUGUCGGAUGAGUGCGUAUGUCAAACUUGGAGAUCUGGACAUAUUCUUCAAACAUGACCAUGUUGAGGUUUACUCUCGGGAGUAUGUCACUCUUUCACUUGGACGGCUGAUCAAUGUUGAAGCCCCCACUAGAUAUGCGGAUUUCGAAGGCUUCAUUGCUCUGGAUGCUGAAGCGCUAUUCAAUCCGGAUAUGAAACGAUUUCUUGCUAAGGAGGCCCGCGUCGAAGUCAAGUUUGGACAAUUCAAGAUUCAUUACACCACACCCUCACCCCUAGAUCCGGAAAAAACCCUUGAGUAUGGGAUCCAUCCUGGAUUUGACAGUCAUGUGUUGAUCAGCAAGCCGGAACCCAUAGAGGAAAAAGUGUGGGCGUCUCGAUUUCACAUUCGGGUUCCUCCACAAGCGAUAAAAAAAGGGACUGACGUAACAUCGACAUUCACGCUCCACGCAAGCGCGAAGUGCACCUUUACAUAUCUCGCCCAGCCUAUUGUGGAACGGAUAUCUCGAAGCGCAACAUCAACUUUCACCGUCAAAUGCUUGGGAUAACACUUCAGGCCUAAUUCGUUGUCAUGCAUUGGUCUUUUAAGGGCGGGAUUGUCAGGGUCGAGAGCUUAAUGUAAGGUGGUGAAUACCGUAUUCUUUUAAUAAUCAGGAAUGCACCAUUUUGUUCAGAAGUAGCACAACGACAAGUGCAGGUUUUCAUUAUGAUCUGCUUGAGCCCACAAUUGGGACACGGAAGGAGUGUUUCGACGCCUCGUCUAAAGACAUACACCCCCCGAACUACCAGCCUGGGUGCCAGCUUGACAAGUGCCGAGAUUAACCUGACUCCCCACCCUUUCAGGCUAUUCGCACGCACAUGACGUGAUCCUCCACGAAGUACCUGGCAUAGUCAUGGUUGAGAGCAUUUGGGCUGGUACAUCUCCCAGUUCAUCAAGCAUUCUUCGCGGCACUUUUCGCGAGUUGUCUGAGUGACGUACGUUUCGGCAAGCUGCUCAGGGUUUGUUGCGAAUCAGCUCA